GGCUCACGCGGCCGCCAGGCGGUCAUGGCGGUGGUGCGGAGUCGCAAGCGGCGCCUGGCGGAGCUGACGGUGGAUGAGUUCCUGGCCUCGGGCUUUGAUUCCGAGUCUGAGUCGGAGCCCGAAGGAGCCGCCGAAGCCGAGGCGCGGGCGGCGCGUGGAGCCUUCCGGAGCCCGGAUGGGCCAGGCAGGAGCCCCUUGGCCAGCCGACGUAAAGGCCGUGCAUCUGAGCACAAGGACCAGCUUUCUCGGCUGAAGGACAAAGACCCUGAGUUCUACAAGUUCCUGCAGGAGAAUGACCAGAGCCUGCUAAACUUCAGCGACUCGGACAGCUCUGAGGAUGAAGAGGAGCAGCUCCACUCCCUGCCAGACACGCUGGAAGAAGCAAGUGAGGAGGAAGGUGAGGAGGACAAGGAUGGGGCCUCCAGAGGACCCAAGGGGAAGAAGAGGGAUUCUACCCCAGUGACCCUCGCCAUGGUUGAGAGAUGGAAGCUGGCAGCAAAACAGCACCUAACUCCAAAGCUGUUCCAUGAAGUUGUGCAGGCGUUCCGAGCGGCUGUGGCCACUACCCAAGGAGACCAGGAGGAUGCUGAGGCCAGCAAAUUCCAGGUCACAGACAGUGCUGUGUUCAAUGCUCUGGUCACCUUCUGCAUCAGAGACCUCUUUGGCUGUCUCCAGAAGCUGCUAUUUGGAAAAGCCCCAAAGGACAGCAGCAGGUUGCUCCAACCAUCCAGUAGCCCGCUGUGGGGGAAGCUCCGGCUCGAUGUUAAGGCUUACCUGAGCUCAGUCAUACAGCUGGUGGCCUGCGUGGCGGAGGCAACAGUGGCGGCAGCCCUCCUGCAGCAUGUCAGCAGCUCCGUGCCCUACUUCCUGACCUUCCCCAAGCAGUGCCGCAUGCUGCUCAAGAGGAUGGUGGUCCUGUGGAGCACGGGUGAGGAGACCCUCCGAGUGCUGGCGUUUCUGGUCCUCGCCAGAGUCUGCCGGCACAAGAAAGAUGCCUUCCUGAGCCCCAUCCUGAAGCAAAUGUACAUCACGUACGUGAGGAACUGCAGGUUCACCUCCCCCAGCACCCUGCCCCUCAUCAGCUUCAUGCAGCGGACCCUGACUGAGCUGCUGGCCCUGGACACCAGCAUCGCCUACCAGCACGCCUUCCUCUACAUCCGCCAGCUUGCCAUCCACCUGCGCAACGCCAUGACGACACGCAAGAAGGAGACACACCAGUCUGUGUACAACUGGCAGUUCGUGCACUGCCUGCAGCUAUGGUGCCGUGUCCUCAGCACCAUCUGCCCCAGCGACACCCUACAGCCCUUGAUCUACCCCCUUGCCCAGGUCAUCUUGGGCUGCAUCAAGCUGGUCCCCACUGCGCGCUUCUACCCACUGCGCAUGCACUGUGUGCGAGCCCUGAUGCUGCUCUCCGAGGGCACUGGCACCUUCAUCCCCGUGCUGCCCUUCAUCCUCGAGGUUUUCCAGCAGGUUGACUUCAACAGGAAGCCAGGGCGCAUGAGCUCCAAGCCCAUCAACUUUGCUGUGAUCCUGAAGCUGUCCAAGGUCAACCUUCAGGAGAAGGCUUACCGGGAUGGCCUGGUGGAGCAGCUGUAUGACCUCACCCUCGAGUACCUGCACAGUCAGGCCCACAGCAUCGCGUUCCCUGAACUGGCGCUGCCUGCCAUCCUGCAGCUAAAGUCCUUCCUCCGAGAGUGCAAGGUGGCCAACUACUGCCGGCAGAUGCGCCAGCUGCUGGAGAAGGUGCAGGAGAACUCAGGCCACAUCUGCAGCCUCCGCCAGAGAGCCUCCUUCAGCGUGGCCAACCGGCAGGCAGUGGAUGAUUGGGAGAAGCAGACCCGAGAGGAGGGGACUCCACUCACCAAGUACUACAGCCAGUGGCGGAAACUGAGGGACCGUGAGAUCCAGCUGGAAAUCAGUGGCAAGGAGAGGCUCGAAGACUUGAACUUCCCCGAGAUAAAGCGGCGGAAGCUGGGGGACAGGAAGGAGGAAGACAGGACAGAACUCAAGGGCCUCUUUGGCCUGGACAGUGAUGAGGACAGUGCUGUGGAUUUCUUGGAGAGAGGUACACCUAGGUCCCCUGAAGCCGGGCAGAGGGUAGAGGAGGAGGGUGAGGAUGACAGCAGCAGCAGCGGCCAUGAGGAAGUGAGCACCUCAGAGGAUGGAGGCCCAGAUGCAGAGGCAGGCCCAGCCCCUCAGGAGCUGUGGCGGCUGCUGGCCCAGGGGCCAGAGGAUGAGCUGGAGGAUCUACAACUCUCUGAGGAGGACUGAGGACCAACUGCCGGGGCUGCAGGGUUGCCUGCAGCAUCCCCAUCUCGCCAGCAGUCGGCCUGGGGCCUGCAGCUGCCCAGAGGCCCUGGGGUCAGCACCCAUAUGGGGAAAGGACAGUAGAUGGUGGAUGGGGCUUUAUUUUUACAACAUAAAAGACCAGAAAGUA